ACGUUUUUGGACUCGAGUUACAAAAUGGCGUAGCGUUUUAUUAAGCGCAUGGCAUUUGUACAGUCGGUCCCAAAUUUGAGAAAAAAAUUGACUUUAAUCUACAAACAUCCUUCCAAUUUUUUGUCACUGCGUAUUUAAAAUAGGAUAAAGGACAAAUAUGUAUUUAUACAAUUUAACCUUACAAAAGGCCACGGGCAUCACACAUGCUGUCCACGGCAACUUUUCGGGUGGCAAACAGCAGGAGGUAAUCGUGUCACGUGGCAAAUCAUUGGAAUUGGUUAGGCCAGAUUCGAAUACCGGCAAAGUACAUACGAUUUUGUCUACCGAAGUAUUUGGUUGCAUUAGAUCUUUGAUGGCUUUUCGUUUAACUGGAGGCAAUAAAGACUAUAUUGUGUUCGGUUCAGAUUCUGGGCGUAUUGUCAUCUUGGAAUAUAAUCCCACUAAAAACUGUUUGGACAAAGUCCAUCAGGAGACAUUUGGUAAAUCGGGAUGUCGUCGCAUAGUCCCUGGCCAGUAUCUAGCCAUUGAUCCCAAGGGUCGUGCUGUAAUGAUUGGGGCAGUUGAAAAACAAAAACUUGCAUACAUUUUGAACAGAGAUGCUCAAGCACGUUUGACAAUUUCCUCCCCCUUGGAGGCUCACAAGUCGAAUACAUUCACAUAUCACAUGGUCGGCGUUGAUGUGGGGUUCGAUAACCCGAUGUUUGCUUGUUUGGAAAUUGAUUAUGAAGAAGCCGAUAAUGAUCCAACAGGCGAAGCAGCGGAGCGUACCCAGCAAACCCUAACUUUCUACGAAUUAGACUUGGGUUUGAAUCAUGUUGUUCGAAAAUAUUCCGAACCAUUGGAAGAACAUGCCAAUUUCCUAAUUUCUGUUCCCGGUGGCAAUGAUGGCCCAUCAGGAGUUCUUAUUUGUUCGGAAAAUUAUUUGACCUAUAAAAAUUUGGGUGAUCAACAUGAUAUUCGUUGUCCUAUACCUCGUCGCCGCAAUGAUUUAGAUGACCCAGAACGUGGCAUGAUUUUCAUAUGUUCAGCCACCCAUCGUACCAAGAGCAUGUAUUUCUUCUUGGUACAAACCGAACAGGGUGAUAUCUUUAAGGUUACCUUGGAAACCGAUGAUGACGUGGUGUCUGAGAUCAAACUUAAAUAUUUCGAUACGGUACCACCAGCUGUGUCAAUGUGCGUUUUGAAAACCGGUUUUCUGUUUGUGGCUUGCGAGUUUGGAAACCAUUAUUUAUAUCAAAUUGCUCACUUGGGUGACGAUGAUGAUGAGCCUGAGUUUAGCUCUGCCAUGCCUUUGGAAGAAGGAGAGACAUUCUUCUUUGCACCACGGCCUCUGAAAAAUCUUAUAAUGGUCGAUGAAAUGCCGUCAUUUUCACCCAUCAUUUCCUCACAUGUUGCUGACUUGGCAAAUGAAGAUACUCCUCAGUUAUAUGUUUUAUGUGGCCGAGGACCACGUUCAUCAUUGCGUGUCUUGCGUCAUGGUUUGGAAGUGUCGGAAAUGGCCGUUUCUGAACUACCAGGCAAUCCAAAUGCUGUAUGGACAGUUAAGAAACGCAUUGAUGAUGAAUUCGAUGCAUACAUUAUUGUGUCUUUCGUUAAUGCAACACUGGUCUUGAGUAUUGGUGAAACUGUGGAGGAAGUUACGGACAGUGGUUUUUUGGGUACAACACCAACACUGUGCUGUGCUUCGUUGGGAGAAGAUGCUCUAGUGCAGGUAUAUCCCGAUGGUAUACGUCACAUACGUUCCGAUAAACGUGUCAACGAAUGGCGAGCACCCGGCAAGAAGUCGAUUACCAAAUGUGCUGUAAACCAACGUCAAGUUGUGAUAACGUUGUCGGGACGUGAAUUGGUCUAUUUUGAAAUGGAUGCGACUGGUGAACUGAAUGAAUAUACGGAACGUUCCGAAAUGCCUGCCGAAAUUAUGUGCAUGGCCUUGGGCACUGUUCCUGAAGGUGAACAGAGAUCAUGGUUCUUGGCCGUCGGAUUAGCCGAUAAUACCGUACGCAUUAUUUCACUGGAUCCCAACGAUUGCCUAACACCUUGCUCUAUGCAAGCUCUGCCAUCACCUGCUGAAUCUCUGUGUCUCGUUGAAAUGGGUCAUACGGAAAGUUCGACCAACACCAAUGACGAACCAAGUGAACGAGGAAAUGUAUCGACCAAAGGCACAAUAUAUCUGAAUAUUGGUCUAAGCAAUGGUGUCUUAUUGCGUACCGUAUUAGAUCCAGUGUCUGGUGAUUUGGCUGACACACGAACACGAUACUUGGGUUCAAGGCCAGUGAAACUUUUCCGUAUACGUAUGCAGGGUUCAGAGGCUGUAUUGGCCAUGUCCAGCCGUUCAUGGCUCUCAUAUUACUAUCAAAAUCGUUUCCAUUUGACGCCAUUGUCCUAUGAAACCUUAGAAUAUGCUUCAGGAUUUUCAAGUGAGCAAUGUAGUGAGGGUAUUGUGGCCAUUUCCACAAAUACUCUACGCAUUUUGGCUUUGGAGAAAUUGGGAGCCGUUUUUAAUCAAGUUUCGUUUGGCUUGGAAUAUACACCGAGGGCAUUUGCCAUACAUCCGGAUACCGGAAGAAUGAUUGUGGCAGAAACUGAUCAUAAUGCCUAUACGGAAGAGACCAAAAAUGCCCGUAAACAACAAAUGGCCGAAGAAAUGCGAAUGGCUGCUGGCGAUGAAGAACGUGAAUUGGCCAAUGAAAUGGCAAAUGCAUUCAUUAAUGAAGUGUUGCCGGAAGACAUUUUUUCAGCACCUAAAGCCGGUGUAGGACUGUGGGCUUCUCAAAUUAGAGCUAUUGACCCCAUACAAGGUCAAACCCUGUUUAAAAUACCACUUGCUCAAAAUGAGGCCAUUAUGUCGAUGACAAUUUUAAAGUUUUCCGUCACUCAGGAUGGUCGUUACUAUCUAGCAGUGGGCAUAGCCAAGGAAUUGAUGUUAAAUCCUCGCAUAACAAACGGCGGCUUUAUCGAUGUCUACAAAAUUGAUCCCACUUGUUCUUCGUUAGAGUUUAUGCAUCGCACUGAAUUGGAUGAGGUACCAGGAGCUCUGUGCGCAUUCCAAGGUAGAUUACUGGCCGGCUGUGGACGUAUACUCCGAAUCUAUGAUUAUGGCAAAAAGAAGCUGUUACGUAAAUGCGAAAAUAAACAUAUACCAUAUCAAAUAGUAAAUAUACAAGCUAUGGGACAUCGUGUAUAUGUGUCUGAUGUACAGGAGUCGGUGUUUUUCAUACGUUAUAAGCGUGCUGAAAAUCAAUUGAUUAUAUUUGCCGAUGAUACCCAUCCACGGUGGGUAACGUCCACGACCCUAUUGGAUUAUGACACCAUUGCCAUUGGUGAUAAGUUUGGUAAUAUGUGUAUCCAGCGAUUACCACAUUCUGUUACGGAUGAUGUUGAUGAAGAUCCCACCGGUACCAAGUCACUUUGGGACCGCGGCCUUUUAUCGGGUGCAUCCCAAAAAUCGGAAAAUAUUUCAACCUAUCAUGUGGGAGAAAUAAUCAUGUCGCUCCAAAAAGCAACACUGAUACCUGGAGGGUCCGAAGCCUUGAUAUACACAACAUUAAGUGGUACGGUUGGAGCAUUUGUGCCAUUUACCAGUCGAGAAGAUUACGAUUUCUUCCAACAUUUGGAAAUGCAUAUGCGCAACGAGAAUCCACCACUAUGUGGCCGUGAUCAUUUGAGUUAUCGCAGUGCCUAUUAUCCGGUUAAGAAUGUCAUUGAUGGUGAUCUUUGUGAACAGUAUUUGUCUAUAGACCCAGCUAAACAAAAGACCAUUGCCGCUGAUAUGUUCCGUACACCAAAUCAGGUGUGCAAGAAACUGGAAGACAUAAGAACACGCUAUGCAUUCUAAGGGAGAAAAAGGUCACACACAUUACUGGGGGAGAGCAGCGUAUCUUCCUUUACAUAUAUAUUUUAAACAAGAUGGGGUGGUAACUUUAUUCUAUAUUCCUCUUGUCCAGGGCAUCCCAUGUUCUAUAGAGAUAUGUCAUUUAUUUAUAACAAAAAGCAUAUUUCAUUGCAUUAAUCUCCAAAAGAUCAUAUUUUACAAUGGAUCCAGAAAUUUUACUUAUAACACAUAAAGAUUUAAUUAAUUAGCAUUUAUUCAUUUUGUGAGAUACCCAGUCCAGCUAUAAACUUAUAAAAAAGAUUUUGGACGGACGACGGCUUUCUUCUUACAAAUCACUUUGUACAUUUUCAUUAAAACAACCACAUUUAUGACUGCCAAUUUUUAAUUCAUAAGACCCUCAUUAUUAGUCUUUAACUACAUUAAUUUUAUUACAUUACCAUAUAGUUUGUAAUUCUUUUAAUUAUUUAUGUAUGGACGUGUAGUAAUAAACAAAAACAAAUAAAAAACACAACCC